AUGGCGACGGACAUCAUCUCCCCGCCACGGUUCUUCCACAUGCCACGGUUCCAGCACCAGGCGCCGCGGCAGCUCUUUUACAAGCGGCCCGACUUCGCCCAGCAGCAGGCCAUGCAGCAGCUCACCUUCGACGGCAAGCGCAUGCGGAAGUCUGUCAACCGCAAGACCAUUGACUACAACCCCUCGGUCAUCAGGCAUCUAGAGGUAAUGGACGUGACAUGAAGCAUCUGUUUUUGGGUUAUUUUGUGACCUACUCAGUGAACUAAAUGUUUCUAGGCACCAAAACUCAGUCAGUAGUCGUGUUUCUAGAGAAACUCGACUUUGGGCACAAACACGCACACAUCCUUCAGAUAGCUUGACAUAUUGAAACAGUUUCAAAUAUCCACGCUCAGACAUGACCAUGAGCUCAGAGACGCUGUUCUUGAGCACUUACUCCCAUGUAAACUCAGCAAAAAAAGAAACUACCCUUUUUCAGGACCCUGUCUUUCAAAGAUGAUAAUUGUAAAAAUCCAAAUAACUUCACAGAUCUUCAUUGUAAAGGGUUUAAACACUGUUUCCCAUGCUUGUUCAAUUAACCAUAAACAAUUAUUGAACAUGCACCUGUGGAACGGUCGUUAAGACACUAACAGCUUACAGACGGUAGGCAAUUAAGGUCACAGUUAUGAAAACUUAGGACACUGAAGAGGCCUUUCUACUGACUCUGAAAAACACAAAAAGAAAGAUGCCCAGGGUCCCUGCUCAUCUGCGUGAACGUGCCUUAGGCAUGCUGCAAGGAGGCAUGAGGACUGCAGAUGUGGCCAGGGCAAUACAUUGCAAUGUCCUUACUGUGAGAAACCUAAGACAGCGAUACAGGGAGACAGGAUGGACAGCUGAUCGUCCUCGCAGUGGCAGACCACGUGUAACAAUACCUGCACAGGAUCGGUACAUCUGAACAUCACACCUGCGGGACAGGUACAGGAUGGCAACAACAACUGCCCGAGUUACACCAGGAACGCACAAUCCCUCCAUCAGUGCUCAGACUGUCCGCAAUAGGCUGAGAGAGCCCGGACUUAGGGCUUGUAGGCCUGUUGUAAGGCAUGUCCUCACCAGACAUCACCGGCAACAAUGUCGCCUAUGGGCACAAACCCAGACAGGACUGGCAAAAAGUGCUCUUCACUGACGAGUCGCGGUUUUGUCUCACCAGGGGUGAUGGUCGGAUUCGCAAUUAUCGUCGAAGGAAUGAGCAUUACACCGAGGCCUGUACUCUGGAGCGGGAUCGAUUUGGAGGUGGAAUGUCCGUCAUGGUCUGGGGCGGUGUGUCACAGCAUCAUCGGACUGAGCUUGUUGUCAUUGCAGGCAAUCUCAACGCUGUGCAUUACAGGGAAGACAUCCUCCUCCCUCAUGUGGUACCCUUCCUGCAGGCUCAUCCUGACAUGACCCUCCAGCAUGACAAUGCCACCAGCCAUACUGCUCGUUCUGUGCGUGAUUUCCUUCAAGACAGGAAUGUCAGUGUUCUGCCAUGGCCAGCAAAGAGCCCGGAUCUCAAUCCCAUUGAGCACGUCUGGGACCUGUUGGAUCGGAGGGUGAGGGCUAGGGCCAUUCCCCCCAGAAAUGUCCGGGAACUUGCAGGUGCCUUGGUGGAAGAGUGGGGUAACAUCUCACAGCAAGAACUGGCAGCCUUACCGCAAAAGUGGAAGAGGAAAGUGAAAGGGGGAGAAAGUAAGGAACUUGUCUGUCGGCCUUGCAUUAAAGAACAUAAUUGGUUAAGGAAAACUGUGAUAAAUAAAAAAAAGUAUAUCAGUUUCACUUAAGGACCAAAGGAUUGACAGCCGUCCCAUAUAGAUUGCAAAAUUGCAGAAUCAUUAGAUCAUUUGUUUUGGUUCUGUCCAUUUGUAGCUUGUUUUUGGACACAGGUCCAGGAUUGGCUAAAGGAUUGCAAUAUUUACCUGGAGCUAUCCUUGCAGAUAGCAUUACUGGGUGAUCUGAAAAGUCAUAGUCAAUCGAUCAAUAAUAUAAUACUUUUAGCAAAAAUGUUUUUUAAAUUCACAAUCUGUAGAAGCAAUGAGAAUAGAAAGGUUCAGAACUUUUGUAAAACAUCACAGUACGGUUGAAAUAUAUAUGGCAAAUAGAAAUCCUAUAUGGAUGGUGUUAAGAGAUAGAUGGGAGGUAUUGAAUGGAGUUGAAGGAUGGGACUAAUAACAAAUAACAACUAAUAAUGUAAGCAUACUGUGUCCAUAAUAAGUAUAUGGGUUGUAUGUUGGGAGCUUUUGGGAAAGAGCACAGUUAGAAAGAUAUGGCAUAUAGAAGCAAACCGGAUGGACAUCAUGAAAAUGAUCGGAGAGGUUGAGAGUAGAAGUAGUUCAGGAGCAAAAACAAAUAAAAUAGAAUUAUUGUAAAAUUGACUGUGUCCAUAAGGUGUAGAUAGUAAGUAUAGGCUGGAAGUAGAGGCCUGGGCAUUGUUGUUCACUAAUUUACCCCAAGUAGGGAAAGGAUGGCGGGGUUGAAAAGUAAUAAAGGGGAGUGUGUAUAUAUAUAUAUAUAUAUAAAAAACAUGGGGGAUUGGAAGUGAUGUAGACAAUUACAUUGAUGGAAGUUACAAUCUAUCUGCAAAAUUAAGCUGAUCUACCCCCCAAAAAAAUACAAAAUAAAAAAUAACUGGCAAAUCUGGUGCAGUCCAUGAGGAGGAGAUGCAUUGCAAUACUUAAUGCAGCUGGUGGCCACACCAGAUACUUACUGACUGACUUUUGAUUUUGACCCCCCCUCCCCUUUGUUCAGGGACACAUUAUUCCAUUUAUGUUAGUCACAUGUCUGUGGAACUUGUUCAGUUUGUCUCAGUUGUUGAAUCUUGUUAUGUUCAUACAAAUAUUUACACAUGUUAAGUUUGCUGAAAAUAAACGCAGUUGACAGUGAGAUGACGUACAUUUUUUUUGCUAAGUUUAUAUGUAUUUGGCUGGAAUGUAUGUGAAUCCAAAGACCUUUGGUUCCUUAAAUGUUCUCUUCCUUGACUACAGAAUCGUUUGUGGCAGCGAGACCACAGAGAUUUACGUGCCAUCCAACCAGAUGCAGGAUGUUACAAUGAUGUAAGUAUGGGCAGAUUGUAAGAUUUAGUAAAAUUUUUGACCUUCUGGUGUCAGUAAUCUAAUAAGAAAACAUGUUAUCAAUGAAUCUGUGUCAGAGUGUUAGCGAGUCCCUAUUGCUGGCAGGAUUUGAUUAAUUGUGUACCCAUUGUUAGAUAAGAUGUUGACAUUUCUCUCUCCUUUUCCAUCCCUAUCUUUCUCUGGCUCUUGUAGCUUGUUCCUCCUGUGGGCAUUGUGAGUUAUCCCAUGAACGCAGUCACCACAAAGUUUGUUCGAACCUCCACGAACAAAGUCAAGUGCCCUGUCUUUGUCAUAAGGGUAAGUCUCUCCUCUCACACACUUUCCGCACCUGUUCAAGGCAGACUAUUUUAUCCCUCUGAGACUGUGAAGCCCAAAGUGCAGGUAUGUCAAGUUAUAUUCCUGCUGGGUUUUGUUAUUUCCUUCCAAUUAGUGUCCAGUUAACACCUAGACAACCAGGUGAGGGGAUGAUCUUAGUUGAUCAAUCAAGUACAACGGAGGAGCGAAAAUCCACACAUUUGGCCCACCAGGAAUUGAGUUUGACACCCCUGCCAUAGAGAUGUAGCUCAGUUGGUAGAGCAUGGCGUUUGCAACGCCAGGGUUGUGGGUUCGCUUUCCACGGGGGGCCAGUAUGAAAAAUAAUAAUAAUAAUGUAUGCACUCACUAACUGUAAGUCGCUCUGGAUAAGAGUGUCUGCUAAAUGACUAAAAUGUAAAAUGUGAAUGUAAUGAAUGAGUAGUACACAUUUUCUGCAUAAUAUUCACUACAUGACCAAAGGUAUGUGGACACCUGCUCAUCGAACAUCUCAUUCUAAAAUCAUGGGCAUUAAUAUGGAGAUGGUCCCCUCUUUGCUGCUAUAACAGCCUCCACUCUUCUGGGAAGGCUUUCCACUAGAUGUUGGAACAUUGCUGCUGGGAUUUGCUUCCAUUUAGCCACAAAAGCAUUAGUGAGGUCGGGCACUGAUGUUGGGCGAUUAGGCCUGGCUCAGGGUCGGCUUUCCAAUUCAUCCCAAAGGUGUUCGAUGGGGAUUAGGUCAGGGCUCUGUGCAGGCCAGUCAAGUUCUUCCACACCGAUCUUGACAAACCAUUUCUGUAUGGACCUCGCUUUGUGUGCGGGGGCAUUGUCAUGCUGAAACAGGAAAGGGCCUUCCCCAAACUGUUGCCACAAAGUUGGAAGCGCAGAAUCGUCUAGAAUGUCAUUGUAUGCUCCUAGAUGUUUCCACUUCACAAUAACAGCAGUUACAGUUGACCGGGGCAGCUCUAGCAGGGAAGAGAUUUUACGAACUGACUUGUUGGAAAGGUGGCAUCCUAUGACGGUGCCACGAUAAAAGUCACUGAGCUCUUCAGUAAGGCCAUUCUACUGCCAAUGUUUGUCAAUGGAGAAUGGCUGUGUGCUCGAUUUUAUACACCUGUCAGCAACGAGUGCCGCUGAAAUGGAUGAAUUCACUCAUUUGAAGUGAUGUCCACAUACUUUUGUACAUUGCAUGCGGAAAGUAUUCAGACCCCUUUACUUAUUUUUUGUUACAUUACAGCCUUAUUCUAAAAUAAUGAAAAAAAAAUAUAAUAAUAAUCUACACACAGGUGCAUCCUGUUUCCAUUGAUCAUCCUUGAUGUUUCUACAACUUGAUUGGGGUCCACCUGUGGUAAAUUCAAUUGAUUGGACAUGAUUUGGAAAGGCACACACCUGUCUAUAUAAGGUUCCACAGUUGACAGUGCAUGUCAGAGCAAAAACUAAGCCAUGCGGUCAAAGGAAUUGUCCGUAGAGCUCCGAGACAGGAUUGUGUCGAGGACAGAUCUGGGGAAGGGUUCCAAAAAAUGUCUGCAGCAUUGAAGGUCCCCAAGAACACAGUGGCCUCCAUCAUUCUUAAAUGGAAGAAGUUUGGAACCACCAAGACUCUUCCUAGAGCUGGCCGCCCGGCCAAACUGAGCAAUCGGGGGAGAAGGGCCUUGGUCAGGGAGGUGACCAAGAACCUGAUGGUCACUCUGACAGAGCUCCAGAGUUCCUCUGGAGAUGGGAGAACCUUCCAGAAGGACAACCAUCUCUGCAGCGCUCCACCAAUCAGGCCUUUAUGGUAGAGUGACCAGAUGGAAACAACUCCUUAGUAAAAGGCACAUGGCAACCCGCUUGGAGUUUGCCAAAAGGCACCUAAAGGACUCUGAGUCUAUGAGAAACAAGAUUCCCUGGUCUGAUGGAACCUAGAUUUAACUUUUUUACCUGAAUGCCAAGCAUCACGUCUGGAGGAAACCAGGCACCGCUCAUCACCUGGCCAAUACCUGGAUCUCAGACUGGGGCGAAGGUUCACCUUCCAACAGGACAACGACCCUAAGCACACAGCCAAGACAAUGCAGGAGUGGCUUUGGGAAAAGUCUCUGAAUAUCCUUGAGUGGCCCAGCCAGAGCCUGGGCCAUCGAACUUCUCUAGAGAGACCUGAAAAUGACUGUGCAGCGACACUCUCCAUCCAACCUGAAAGAGCUUCAGAGGAUCUGCAGAGAAGAACUCCCCAAAUAAAGGUGUGCCAAGCUUGUAGUGUCAUACCCAAGAAGACUCGAGGCUGUAAUCUCUGCCAAUGGUGCUUCAACAAAGUACUGAGUAAAGGGUUUGAAUACUUAUGUAAAUGUACCAAAAAUUGAUUCUUAUUUCUUGAAAACAUUUCUAAAAAAUGUUUUUUGCUUUGUCAUUAUGGGGUAUUGUGUGUAGAUUGAUGAGAAAAAAAAACAAUUUAAUCAAUUUUAGAAUAAGGCUGUAACUUAACUAAAUGUGGAAAUAGUGAAGGGGUCUGAAUACUUUCCGAAUGCACUGUGUGUGUAUAUAUAUAUAUAUAUAUAUAUAUAUACACACACACACACACACAGUGAGGGGAAAAAAGUAUUUGAUCCCCUGCUGAUUUUGUACGUUUGCCCACUGACAAAGAAAUGAUCAGUCUAUAAUUUUAAUGGUAGGUAUAUUUGAACAGUGAGAGACAGAAUAACAACAAAAAAAUCCAGAAAAACGCAUGUCAAAAAUGUUAUAAAUUUAUUUGCAUUUUAAUGAGGGAUAUAAGUAUUUGACCCCUCUGCAAAACAUGACUUAGUACUUGGUGGCAAAACCCUUGUUGGCAAUCACAGAGGUCAGACGUUUCUUGUAGUUGGCCACCAGGUUUGCACACAUCUCAGGAGGGAUUUUGUCCCACUCCUCUUUGCAGAUCUUCUCCAAGUCAUUAAGGUUUCGAGGCUGACGUUUGGCAACUCGAACCUUCAGCUCCCUCCACAGAUUUUCUAUGGGAUUAAGGUCUGGAGACUGGCUAGGCCACUCCAGGACCUUAAUAUGCUUCUUCUUCAGCCACUCCUUUGUUGCCUUGGCCGUGUGUUUUGGAUCAUUGUCAUGCUGGAAACCCAUCCACGACCCAUUUUCAAUGCCCUGGCUGAGGGAAGGAGGUUCUCACCCAAGAUUUGAUGGUACAUGGCCCCGUCCGUCGUCCCUUUGAUGCGGUGAAGUUGUCCUGUCCCCUUAGCAGAAAAACACCCCCAAAGCAUAAUGUUUCCACCUCCAUGUUUUACGGUGGGGAUGGUGUUUUUGGGGUCAUAGGCAGCAUUCCUCCUCCUCCAAACACGGCGAGUUGAGUUGAUGCCAAAGACCUUGAUUUUUCACCCAGUUCUUCUCUGAAUCAUUCAGAUGUUCAUUGGCAAACUUCAGACGGGCCUGUAUAUCUGCUUUCUUGAGCAGGGGGACCUUGCGGGCGCUGCGGGAUUUCAGUCCUUCAUGGCGUAGUGUGUUACCAAUUGUUUUCUUGGUGACUAUGGUCCCAGCUGCCUUGAGAUCAUUGACAAGAUCCUCCCGUGUAGUUCUGGGCUGAUUCCUCACCGUUCUCAUGAUCAUUGCAACUCCGCGAGGUGAGAUCUUGCAUGGAGCCCCAGGCCGAGGGAGAUUGACAGUUCUUUUGUGUUUCUUCCAUUUGCGAAUAAUCGCACCAACUGUUGUCACCUUCACACCAAGCUGCUUGCCGAUGGUAUUGUAGCCCAUUCCAGCCUUGUGUAGGUCUACAAUCUUGUCCCUGACAUCCUUGGAGAGCUCUUUAGUCUUGGCCAUGGUGGAGAGUUUGGAAUCUGAUUGAUUGAUUGCUUCUGUUGACAGGUGUCUUUUAUACAGGUGACAAACUGAGAUUAGGAGCAUUCCCUUUAAGAGUGUGCUCCUAAUCUCAGCUCGUUACCUGUAUAAAAGACACCUGGGAGCCAGAAAUCUUUCUGAUUGAGAGGGGGUCAAAUACUUAUUUCCCUAAUUAAAAUGCAAAUCAAUUUAUAACAUUUUUGACAUGCGUUUUUCUGGAUUUUUUUGUUGUUAUUCUGUCUCUCACUGUUCAAAUAAACCUACCAUUAAAAUUAUAGACUGAUAAUUUCUUUGUCAGUGGGCAAACAUACAAAAUCAGCAGGGGAUCAAAUACUUUUUUCCCCUCACUGUAUACAGUGUAUAUCCAAACUUAAGAAUGUGAUUACUAAGUUCAGUGUCUCCCUUAUCUAUUUUUGUUACCUUUUUUAUUACUCCUUUCAAUUAAAUCAACUAUUCUUCAACUCCCCCCUUUUCUCCAUAUCUCCUCCUCUCCUCCACCCCUCUCUGCCUUGUUCACAGUGGACUCCUGAGGGGAGGCGACUUGUCACCGGAGCCUCCAGUGGGGAGUUCACCUUGUGGAACGGACUCACCUUCAACUUUGAGACCAUCUUACAGGUAAACAUUGAAUCCACCCUUUUACAACACUUUACAAUUAACUUAAAACUUCUGAAAUGUGUAUUCAGCAGUUCUGAACCACAUGAAAUCGGUAUAUCCACUGUCUUUAAAAAUUUUUAUCCAACCCUGUGUUUUUGGUUCUGGUGCUCGCUCUGUCUGUCUCUCCUCCCCUCAGGCCCAUGACAGCCCUGUGCGGGCCAUGACCUGGUCUCACAACGACAUGUGGAUGUUGACAGCCGACCACGGCGGCUACGUCAAAUACUGGCAGUCCAACAUGAACAACGUCAAGAUGUUCCAGGCUCACAAGGAGGCGAUUAGAGAGGCCAGGUCUAUAUCCAAUCUACCAUUUUUUGUAGUUAACCCCAGACUGUUACUGCUGUUUCCCCCAAUAAUGAUUAAUAGAUGUACGUGUGUGCUUUCACGACACUGCACUGAUCUCUUUUUGAUAUUCUUAUUAUUGUCAUUAUCAUUGCCUGUGGCUCACGAUGAGUUGUGUAUCUGGAUUUUUUUCUAUACAUAACUACUAUGUACAGAAAAGGUAGAUUUUCACGGUCUUGUUAAAUAAAGUGUUUAUCUAUAUCCAUACGCAAAAGGGAUUGACACAUGUUAAUGCUAUUGGUUUACACAGAUAGGCCCAGAGGGACAGAGUGUAUACAGAAUGAAGUGGAGUGGUUGCACCUGACGUUACUGCAUACAUAGGGAGUUUCGAAUGUGGCCAACUUGUUCUUCGUUUAUGGACCUUGGGGAAGGCGUCUCACACGCAUAGGGUCACUCCACACCAGGGUUUCCGCUACCCAGUAAUAGUUUUUGGCAACAAAAAAAAUAAUCCAAGCCGAUAAAUAAAAUUGCCGCCAGCCAAUUUUCCGGGAGAAGAAGAAGAAAUACCUUUGCGGGAUAAUGCCCUUUAACCUAUUCAUUGAUGGAAAUAGAUUUGACUGGUCAUGCUUAUCAGUCUAUAGGUUAAUUUGCAUAUUUUAGUGGAAUUCGAUUGGUGCGCGUGUACAGUAUAUUCGUUAUGCAUCUUAUUUAUCACACGCGUACACCAUACAGAUACAGAACCUUUAAGUGGAAAAUCUGUCAGACGGCACGAGAGCUGCUGCUACAGCAUCUCAAACAGCAAAUGCAUAGACAACGGAAGGCAGGCUUCAUCAGAGCUUCACACACCACUUUGCAAUGAGCUGGAGGCAGUAAGAAAGACAUCACAUCGUUGCAUCCUUGACUUGCAUGUUCUGUUAAUAUGAAUCACCAUAAUCUAAAUGUGAUUUGUCAUUCUGAGCACCGUGGGUGGACACCCUAAUCAGGUUACGCACCCAAUGCAUAUGGGUCAGGUACAUUUCUCAAAUGUCCUGUAAAUUAAAAUGCCACCGGAAACCCUGGUCCACACACAUACUUCACAAAGGUCCCAUGGUUGAUUUGAAGGUUUUUGAGGUGUAAGCAAACGCAUGUCUACAAUCCCCCACCUUUUGAAACCACUAAAAUUGCCACCCCACAUUGUCUGCUGUUGAAUCUAUCCUAGUGACAAAACCCACAUCCACACGUGACCCCAUAGCUUUUGAAUAAAGACUAUUUCUGCCAAAAACACAACCAAAUUGCCUCUGGGGUUAGAGCAGUUGGCUAUCAACUUUCAAUUCCCACGCAACCCACAAGGUCGCUUUGACUAUCCACCAUCCCAAACCCCCUGGUAUAUUGACAGUUAAAUCUACAUUGAAUGGGGCGGUGCAGUUGAGAGGGAUUUAUUGCAUAAAAAGUUGCCUUUGCUGUAUAUUUCUACCUUUGGUGGUUUUGCCUUCAUGGAGCUUUACGAAAAUAAUCAAUAAAGAUUGUGAAUAGGGUUUUAUGCUGGAUUUCCCUCUGAAGUAUAACACAAAACUUAAAGUUUCAGUUUUUAAUAUAUAACUUCUCAAUGCCAUAACUUAUUUUCUUUGAAUGUUGAUGUUUCUGAGAUACUUUUAAUGUUGUUGUUGAACGUGCAUUGAAUCUCCAGGACCAAUGGAAAAUAAAUAAUCUUAGGGCUGUGGCCAUAGUCCUGGAAAAAUUGUACAUCAUACAUGCAUUGAUGGAUGUGCUCCAAACCUGAAGAUGGCAAUUAAGGAACUAGUCAAGAAGUUCAACAGGUGUUUGUUAGCAGGGCCAUGUAGGCUAUCUUUGGUGUUGGUAUAAGUCAGGUUUCUGCGGGGUCACGAGGGCUAUAGUACAUUGGCCUAAUACCUCACUUUAUCACCAUGCUGCAACUGUUGCUCCAACUACAGAUGGAGCCACAUUAUCUGUUUGACUGACAGGACUUCACGACCUCAUGACGCUGUAAAAGGGACACAACAUUUGAAAAUCUAUUUCUCUGAUGUUUUCAGACAUAAGCCUAAACUCUGCAAAUCUGGCAAUGAUAUGGUGCCACAGCCACUGCCUAUCAUUUCCAUUCUGUAAAGUGUAUAUAUUGCUAGAUCUACACAGUACACAACAGAUCGCCUGGGACAUACAGUUCAGCCACCAAUUGUGCAAGUUCUCCCAGUUAAAAAGAUGAGAGAGGCCUGUAAUUUUCAUCAUAGGUACACGUCAACUAUGACAGACAAAUUGAGGAAAAACAUCCAGAAAAUCACAUUGUAGGAUCUUUUAUGAAUUAUUUGCAAAUUAUGGUGGAAAAUAAGUAUUUGGUCACCUACAGACAAGCAAGAUUUCUGGCUCUCACAGACCUGUAACUUCUUCUUUAAGAGGCUCCUCUGUCCUCCACUCGUUACCUGUAUUAAUGGCACCUGUUUGAACUUGUUAUCAGUAUAAAAGACACCUGUCCACAACCUCAAACAGUCACACUCCAAACUCCACUAUGGCCAAGACCAAAGAGCUGUCAAAGGACACCAGAAACAAAAUUGUAGACCUGCACCAGGCUGGGAAGACUGAAUCUGCAAUAGGUAAGCAGCUUGGUUUGAAGAAAUAAACUGUGGGAGCAAUUAUUAGGAAAUGGAAGACAUACAAGACCACUGAUAAUCUCCCUCGAUCUGGGGCUCCACGCAAGAUCUCACCCCGUGGGGUCAAAAUGAUCACAAGAACGGUGAGCAAAAAUCCCAGAACCACACGGGGGGACCUAGUGAAUGACCUGCAGAGAGCUGGGACCAAAGUAACAAAGCCUACCAUCAGUAACACACUACGCCGCCAGGGACUCAUAUCCUGCAGUGCCAGACGUGUCCCCCUGCUUAAGCCAGUACAUGUCCAGGCCCGUCUGAAGUUUGCUAGAGUGCAUUUGGAUGAUCCAGAAGAGGAUUGGGAGAAUGUCAUAUGGUCAGAUGAAACCAAAAUAUAACUUUUUGGUAAAAACUAAACUCGUCGUGUUUGGAGGACAAAGAAUGCUGAGUUGCAUCCAAAGAACACCAUACCUACUGUGAAGCAUGGGGGUGGAAACAUCAUGCUUUGGGGCUGUUUUUCUGCAAAGGGACCAGGACGAUUGAUCCGUGUAAAGGAAAGAAUGAAUGGGGCCAUGUAUCGUGAGAUUUUGAGUGAAAACCUCCUUCCAUCAGCAAGGGCAUUGAAGAUGAAACGUGGCUGGGUCUUUCAGCAUGACAAUGAUCCCAAACACACCGCCCGGGCAACGAAGGAGUGGCUUCGUAAGAAGCAUUUCAAGGUCCUGGAGUGGCCUAGCCAGUCUCCAGAUCUCAACAACCCCAUAGAAAAUCUUUGGAGGGAGUUGAAAGUCCAUGUUGCCCAGCGACAGCCCCAAAACAUCACUGCUCUGGAGGAGAUCUGCAUGGAGGAAUGGGCCAAAAUACCAGCAACAGUGUGUGAAAACCUUGUGAAGACUUACAGAAAACGUUUGACCUGUGUCAUUGCCAACAAAGGGUAUAUAACAAAGUAUUGAGAAACUUUUGUUAUUGACCAAAUACUUAUUUUCCACCAUAAUUUGCAAAUACAUUCAUUAAAAAUCCUACAAUGUGAUUUUCUGGAGAAUUUUUUUUUCUCAUUUUGUCUGUCAUAGUUGACGUGUCCUAUGAUGAAAAUUACAGGCCUCUCAUCUUUUUAAGUGGGAGAACUUGCACAAUUGGUGGCUGACUAAAUACUUUUUUUCCCCACUGUAUCUCAACAAAUAUUAAGGCUCUAUCUGUAAUCUAACCCGAGACAUCCUAGUUACAUUUUGGUUGCUCCCUUUCACCUAGCCCCCUUUGCACAAAUCUGAUUAGAUCAUGCAUUAUGGCCAACAUUUCACUAGGCCUAUUGGAGGGCAUGGCAGAGCCUUCGCCAUAUUGCGUUCACUAUUCUGAUCACCUCAGUCUAAACACUGAAGGGAAUAGGGCAGGUGGGUAGGACCGCAAUGGGACUGGGCAAGAGUUGUUGAAGAGCAUGAAUGGCUGGCAGAUAUUUUGCAUUUUGAUAAGAAGGGCAGGUUAGGAUUUAGUUCAGAAUUUUGACUGAUUUAGUGAUGAUAGAUAUUUUUUGUUGUUGCUGGAUUGCUUACCUGUUGCUUUAGUGUAGGGUCAUUACACUUGUAGGUAUUGGUCAUUUGCGGUGGAGUUCAGACGGUAAUGCUUGUGUAAACUGAGGAAGAUUCAUUUAACUUGGGCUUACGUCUAGUGUGAAGAUUGCUUUUGGCUUACAGUUUAGACCUAUCUGAGUGUAGUUUGUUUUUUAUGGUUAUACAGGUUGAUAAGUGUUACGUUUUGGGUAGAUACGUUGUAGUGUAAUGAUGUAACGUGUUAGUUGUGGGGCAACACUGUUUUGUCUGGGUUUCUAUCACUGGUCAGCUAAACCUUUUGUGAAUUUUGUUAAAUGCCAAUACACAGCUAGAGGGAGAGGUUGCUGAUGUGCCCAGGAAAUGGCCCCCAUAAGUGGUUGAACUGUACUGGGUUGUACUAGGAUUUGACCCUGGGAGCCCAACUGUGUCUUCCUGCAUUGUUGAUUCUCUUCCUGCCUCACUCUGUCUUCAGUUUCUCACCUACGGAUAAUAAAUUUGCCACUUGCUCUGACGACGGAACCGUACGCAUCUGGGACUUUCUACGCUGUUACGAGGAGAGAAUUCUCAGAGGUAUGUUCUGUUGAAUACACAUACAGCUGUACCAAAUUGAUACACCUCACUGGACACCACGACUCGCCCCUGGAAAAACACAUUCACACAGACACUUUUAGGGGAUUGCACCGCAACAUGUUCCUUUUCUGUACCCAUAAGUCAGAACCAUCCAUGAAAUGCACAACUCAUUUGGCAAAUUUGUUCAUUGAUUGUAUCUAUGGACCUCAACUGAUACUGCCUUUAAAUGCAUCAGUUGCUAGUUGUUGAUUAGUCCUUACUCACGUAUAUUUAUUCACUGUCUGUUGGCCCUUUUGCUAUUGCCAUGCUUGAGGCUGCAUUUAAAUAUUCAAUACUAAUUACAGUACCAGUCAAAAGCUUGGACACCUACUCAGUCAAGGGUUUUUCUUUAUUUUGACUAUUUUCUACAUUGUAGAAUAAUAGUGAAGACAUCAAAACUAUGAAAUAACACAUGGAAUCAUGUAGUAACGAAAAAAGUGUUAAACAAAUCAAAAUAGAUUUGAGAUUCUUCAAAGUAGCCACCCUUUGCCUUGACAGCUUUGCACACUCUUGGCAUUCUCUCAACCAGCUUCAUGAGGUAGUCACCUGGAAUGCAUUUAAAUUAACAGGUGUGCCAUGUUAAAAGUGAAUUUGUGGAAUUUCUUUCCUUAAACAGGUGGGGGGGUAUACCGAAGAUAGCCCUAUUUGGUAAAAGACAAAGUCUAUAUUAUGGCAAGAACAGCUCAAAUAAGCAAAGAGAAACAACAGUCCAUCAUUACUUUAAGACAUGAAGGUCAGUCAAUCCUGACAAUUUCAAGAACUUUGAAAGUUUCUUCAAGUGCAGUCGCAAAAACCAUCAAGCGCUAUGAUGAAACUCGCUCUCAUGUGGACCGCCACAGGAAUGGAAGACCCAGAGUUACCUCUGCUGCAGAGGAUAAGUUCAAGAUUGCAGCCCAAAUAAAUGCUUCACAGAGUUCAAGGAACAGACACAUCUCAACAUCAACUGUUCAGAGGAGACUGCGUGAAUCAGGCCUUCAUGGUCGAAUUGCUGCAAAGAAACUUCUACUAAAGGACACCAAUAAUAAGAAGAGACUUGCUUGGGACAAGAAACACAAGCAAUGGACAUUAGACCGGUGGAAAUCUGUUCUUUGGUAUGAUGAGUCCAAAUUUGAGAUUUUUGGUUCCAACCGCCAUGUCUUUGUGAGACGCAGAGUAGGAGAACGGAUGAUCUCCGCAUGUGUGGGUCCCACCGUGAAGCAUGGAGGAGGAGGAGGUGUGAUGGUGUGGGGGUGCUUUGCUGGUGACACUGUCAAUGAUUUAUUUAGAAUUCAAGGCACACUUAACCAGCAUGGCUACCACCAGCAUUCUGCAGCGAUACGCCAUCCCAUCUGGUUUGCGCUUAGUGGGACUAUCAUUUGUUUUUCAACAGGACAAUGACCCAAAACACACCUCCAGGCUGUGUAAGGGCUAUUUGACCAAAAAGGAGAGUGAUGGAGUGCUGCAUCAGAUGACCUGGCCUCUACAAUCACCCGACCUCAACCCAGUUGAGAUGGUUUGGGAUGAGUUGGAGUGAAGGAAAAGCAGCCAACAAGUGCUCAGCAUAUGUGGGAACUACUUCAAGACUGUUGGAAAAGCAUUCCUCAUGAAGCUGGUUGAGAGAAUGCAAAGAGUGUGCAAAGCUGUCAUCAAGGCAAAGGGUGGCUACUUUGAAAAAUCUAAAAUAUAUUUUGAUUUGUUUAACACUUUUUUGGUUACUACAUGAUUCCAUAUGUGUUAUUUCAUAGUUUUGAUUAUUCUACGAUGUAGAAAAUAGUCAAAAUAAAGAAAAACCCUUGAAUGAGUAGGUGUGACAACUUUUGACUGGUACUGUACAUUAGCGGUGGUUGUUGUAAUUAGAUUUAAUUUUGUUAAUAUCCAAUUGAUUAUCAAUUAACAAUGUUUUUUAAAUAGUCAAAACCUUGGUGAAUGUAUACUGUAGGUAGGCCUAUCCCAACACCAACUAGUCACGUUGCACGAGCAUUUACUUUUAAUUGCAUAGGUUUUCUUUAUAUAACAUUUAGCUAUAAAGGCUAAUGCUAGUUCAUAGCUAUGUGCUCGAUUUUAUACACCUGUCAGCAACCGGUGUGGCUGAAAUAGCCGAAUCCACUCAUUUGAAGGGGUGUCCACAUACUUUUGUAUAUAUAGUGUAUAUUCACAGGAACUGGUUUCAGUGCCCGUUGUUGUAUAUUAGUACAUUAUAAGAGUACACAGUUUGGUGUGUUCUUUUCUGUAGAGUGUGUGUGUCUAUCUGUCUGUCUGAAGGCAGGAUCUUGAUGGUUCAGCAUGAUUCACAGUUAGUCACAGUAUGAUCGAUCAAGUCUUUGCCGUAUAAACACCCUAGUCAGGAAAAACCCAUUCCUCUUUGAUUGCAUGGUUUAAUUUGUUUUAAUAAAAGCUUGGAAGGGAUUGGGGGUGUCAUUGUAGAGCAUAUUGGCUAGCCACGCGAGUUGCCUGAUCUCUCAUGUAAGCUCGCAAGAUCAGGCGGCUAGCAAGGCUACAUAUUUGCAUCCUUGUGCGAAUUGAAUAAAAUUGUUCCUGCCAAGCAUGAAUAAAGUAAACACCUUGUUUGCUAGUAUUAUGUUCAUAUGUUUACAGUUGCAGACAAUUUUGAAUACAAGUGAAGUUACAUUGAACUAUUCGCAGGCCAUGCAGAAAGUUUGGCCUAAUCUGCUAAUUUCACAGAUUCUAUACUGUAUGCAAUGUCAUUGUAGUUGACUUGUCUUUUGAGCCUUGCAAUAAAUUCCACUGAACAAAAAUAUGAACGCAAUAUAUAAAGUGUUGGUCCCAUGUUUCAUGAGCUGAAAUAAAAGAUCCCAGAAAUGUUCCAUAUGCACAAAAAGCUUAUUUCUCUAAAAUGUUAUGCACAAAUUUGUUUACAUUCCUGUUAGUGAGCAUUUCUCCUUUGCCAAGAUAAUCCAUCCACCUGACAGAUGUGGCAUAUCAAGAAGCUGAUUAAACAGCAUAAUCAUUACACAGGUGCACCUUGUGCUGGGGACAAUAAAAGGCCACUCUAAAAUGUGCAGUUUUGUCACACAACACAAUGUCACAGAUGUCUCAAGUUUUGAGGGAGCGUGCAAUUGGCAUGCUGACUGCAGGAAUGUCUACCAGAGCUUUUGCCAGAGAAUUGAAUGUUAAUUUCUCUACCAUAAUCCGCCUCCAACGUCAUUUUAGAAAAUGUAGCACUACGUUCAACUGGCCUCACAACCACAGACCACAUGUAACCACGCCAGCCAAGGACCUCCACAUCCGGCUUCUUCACCUGAGACCAGCCACCCGGACAGCUGAUGAAACUGUGGGUUUGCACAACCAAAGAAUUUCUGCACAAACUGUCAGAAACCGUCUCAGGGAAGCUCAUUUGCGUGCUCGUUGUCCUCACCAGGGUCUUGACCUGACUGCAGUUUGGCAUCGUAACUGACUUCAGUGGGAAAAUGCUCACCUUCGAUGGCCGCUGGCACACUGGAGAAGUUUCAACUGUACCGGGCAGACUGCAUGUUGUGAACAGUGUCCCAUGGUGGCGAUGGGAUUAUGGUAUGGGCAUAAACUACGGACAACGAACACAAUUGCUAUUUAUUGAUGGCGAUUUGAAUGCACAGAGAUACCCGUACGAGAUUCUGAGGCCCAUUGUCGUGCUAUUCAUCCGGCGCCAUCACCUCAUGUUUCAGCAUGAUAAUGCAUGGCCCCAUGUCGCAAGAAUCUGUACACAAUUCCUGCAAGCUGAAAAUGUCCCGGUUCUUCCAUGGCCUGCAUACGUACCAGACAUGUCACCCAUUGAGCAUGUUUGGGAUGCUCUGGAUCGACGUGUACGACAGCGUGUUCCAGUUCCCGCCAAUAUCAAGCAACUUCGCACAGCCAUUGAAGAGGAGAGGGGGUCAACAUUCCACAGGCCACAAUCAACAGCCGGAUCAACUCAAUGCAAUGGAGAUGUCGUGCUGCAUGAGGCAAAUGGUGGUCACACCAGAUACUGACUGUUUUUCUGAUCACACCCCUACUUUUCUUUUCUUGUUUUGGCCAACCGAUGCAUAUCUGUUUUCCCGGUCAUGUGAAAUCCAUAGAUUUGGGCCUAAUGAAUUCAUUUCAAUUGACUGAUUUCCUUAUAUGAACUGUAACUCCGUAAAAUUGUUGCAUGUUGUGUUUAUAUUUUUGUUCAGUGUAAAUAAGCUUUACUGUGCUCGUUGAAGAACAAUGCAGAACUGACCAUUUACUUCAAACCAGUUUGGCUUGCUUUUGGUUUUUUGAGCCUUGCAAUAAACUAAAUAAACAUUACUGUGCUCAUUGAAGAAUAAAUGCAGAAUUGAACUUUUAGAUGAAACCAGUUUGCCAGUUUGGACACCCUCAUAUUUUGAUAUAACCUGAUGCAUUAGACUACCGUGGGUUGACAAUGUUUUUUUCUUUUUCUUUUUGCUAUUGAGAAGCCGUAUAUGAACCAAAACUAGAGAUGUGCACGCUGUACUCAGAUUUGUGCAGAUUUUCCAUUGAUUAGUCUGUGUUGUCUUCAGUGAAUUGACUUUCAUUGAUCACUACUAUUUCACUUAUUAGUUUUUUGUUUCCACUGUAAGUAAUUGAUUAGCUAUGAGUUCACAAUUUUCUUAUUGAAUUAAUGUGCUUUUACAGCAGAGAUGCCUAGCUGUACUUCUAGGGUAAAUGUAUAUGGCACUAUGCCUAGUGGUAAAAAAGAAAAAGAAAGAUACAGCAGUUUUUAACUAAAAUGCAUUUUUUUUCCUGAUCUUGUCUGGUGGAGUAAGGGAGGCACAAAGUAUUUAAUAGAUUAUCAGAUACUCAACAAGAAGGUCUGAUUUCAUUAUUACGGAAACAGGAUCCAAGUGGUAAAUAUAAAGAUCCAGUCCAUUAAAAAGAUUGGAGGAACCCUACACUUUAGUGUUGUGAUGCAAAAAUUAUAGCAAAAUGUAUAGAGUUAUUGGAUAUUAUUAAUCCUAAUCAGACAGGUAUUUUACAUAAUAUAAGACAAGUACUGGAAACAAUAGAAUACUAUGACAAAUCUGGGAAACCAGGCCUGGUAUUCAUAGCUGACUUUGAAAACGUUUUUGAUAAAGUACGAUUGGAAUUUAUAUAUACAGUGGGGAGAACAAGUAUUUGAUACACUGCCGAUUUUGCAGGUUUACCUACUUACAAAGCAUGUAGAGGUCUGUAAUUUUUAUUAUAGGUACACUUCAACUGUGAGAGACGGAAUCUAAAACAAAAAUCCAGAAAAUCACUUUGUAUGAUUUUUAAGUAAUUCAUUUGCAUUUUAUUUUAUUUUAGCGAAGAUUUUUAAAGUAAGAUGUUUACACGAUCAGUCCAAUCAAAGCUACUGUACAUAUAAUGUGAUUUGACGUCAUUUUGUCUGUGGCCAAUAACCUUGAGCCUUCUUGGAAGGGCACUUCUAAUGUAGCUCUAUGGCAGGACCCAAAGGGCUUGACUUUUCAAUGUCUACCCUUACUAAGGACUUAGACUUGGCGGUGAUGUAGUGUCCCCAUGAGUGACAGAACACUGAGCCAAUCACGGCGCAACGCUCCUAUUUUCUGCUGGCUUGCCCAACCACCACAGAAAGCACUGAGCUAGGCUGAAACACCUGCAUUUUGGAGCUGCCUUACUCAAGAAAACAAAAGAGAGACCAUGUUUGAAUGCAGGUUUAUUAACUCAAUGAUAUAUAUAUAUAUUUUUUACAUUGUUUGUAAACUGAUAUGUGACACGUAUUAAUGACCAAAUAACAUGCAAAACAGGAGCCUUUUUAUUUUUUAUUUUUAUGGGGCUCAAAACAGGUGGGGCUACCUGCCCUGAAUGACGGGUCUCCCCUGCAUGCGCAUAACGUUUAGAAAACAGGAACAAGUGUCCGGGGGACAGGGCGAACAGGACGCUAGGCCACUGAAUUUUUCCCCUGUGGUAUCGCGAUACUACUUGGUAUCGUGAUACAUGGGCUGGUAUCGUAUCGUUAGUCAAAUGUUGGUAUCAUGACAACACUAGAUGAAAUGGCAUUUUCAGAUACCAUCACAUAAUGAACUAGGUAGAUGCUUAGUGUAGAAAUGUCACUCAGGUCAGUCAUGUCACCAAUGGUUCAUACAGUAAUUUAUCUCCUAUCACACACAUUUACACAUUGUUAAACCUUGUUGGUGUCUCUGGUCACCUUAUCUUCAUAUCUUUUGUUAUACUCACACACUCUCGCUCACACACUAUAUGUAAUCUAUGUGUAAUUACUGUGAAUUUUGUCUGUUACCACAUCUACUGUUUUAAUAAUUAGGGGUUCAUCAGCAAACUGGUGGAACGCUAUUGUAUUUGUCAGCGUUUAUUAUUAUUAUUUAUUAUUAUACCAGAUAACAUGCAAAUUCCUGUGAGAUGGUGAUGCCUAGGACAGCGCAACUUGGCAUGAUGGUAAAAGGCCAAAGGCCACACUCUCCCAUGCAAUGCCAUGCCAAUUGGCCACAUGGUGGCGCUAUAACAAGCGAUUGAAAAUGCUAACUUUGAAAGGUCAAGCCCCUCACCCUGUGUGACCUAGAGUCUUGAAAUUUGGUACAUAGAUCCCUCUCCUCACAAGGAACACAUUUGCCUCAAGAACGCAUAAGGUCCGCCAUGAUGGAUUUUCCGCCAUUUUGAAUUUUGUGAAAAACACUUAAAAAGCUACUCUGGCACCGAAUGACCGAUCUUCAUGAAAUUUGAUAUGUUGCAUCUAUGGACCAAGGUCUGUAAACUCACUACAAUCCAGGCUAGUAUGUCAAACAAUAUAGCUGCAACUGACCAAUAAACAUUCACGUGGGCGUGGUCUGUCACAUUAAUGCAUAUAAAUCAGUCACGGAUAUUCGUAUUAUAACAAAAAUUGGUACACAUGCUCCAACACUGAAGACUCAACAUAUGCAAGCACAUUUUUAUAUCUCUUCAUCUGUUUGACUCAGUGAUUAAAUGUGGCACACAUGCUCAAGGAUGAGUCUAGCUAACCCCAUUCAUGCAAGCUUAUUGGUUCCUAGCAGCCAUAUUGUUUCAGCUAUAGUCUUGGAAAAUAGUGUGUUUGAAGAUGUGCAUUCAUAGAUGCUAUAUACCAGAUUUGGUGCCAAUCGGUCUAGCGGUUCUGAAGAAUACGUUUAAAAUAGUCAACAUCAUUGAAAAUGGUCCAAAAUACAUCAAAAGUAUAUUAUAUUGCAUGAUCUGUUUGAUUUUGAGUUCUGAUAUUUGGCAAGCGUGAUAAAUAGCACAGAAGUAACUUGUCCUAGGGCAAUGUGCCCAAUUUCUCCUGAUGGUGGCACAGUGGGCACACAGCUGAACCCUGGCAAUGCUGCUUCCAGCUUUUAUAAUGUAUAUGCAUUGGUACAAGACAGUAUAUUGCCCAAGUUUUAUGUUUACACACCCUACAGUGAGUAAGGGUGGGAUUGAGUGACUCCCCCUACACACACACACACACGCUGUAUCUGUCACACACACCUGUAGUAGACCACACCACCUCUCAGAUGCACAUACAAGUUAACUAUUGUAUGUUUGUUCUGUCGUCCUUUUGCCUCUGACACACACACACACACACCCUUACACAUAUUAAAUGUGUUCUUCCUCCACAGGUCACGGAGCUGACGUGAAGUGCGUGGACUGGCACCCCACUAAAGGCCUGGUGGUUUCCGGGAGCAAAGACAGCCAGCAGCCAAUCAAAUUCUGGGAUCCCAAAAGCGGGCAGAGUUUGGCCACACUGUGAGUUUUACCCAGAGGCAGCAGAAGCAGCACACAGCUGGCAUUAAGCACCCCAUCCCCAAAACCCAGAGCCCCCUGAGAAAUUAUCGAACAAAAUGUGUUACUUCUCGGUAACGAUUAAUGCUUUCUUGUUAAAAUGACGUUGUAACCAUGUAGUUUCUCAGUAGAUUACAGAUAGUAAAAUGGUUAAAUCUGUUUUAAAAUGGUUAAGGCAACUUGGAGGACAGAAAGGAACUUAUACCCUUUUUACACUACUGUGCCAAGCUGAACCGUACUGUGCUUGUUUGGAUAUUUGUCAGCAACUUGCUGGAUGCACAACCAGGCCAGCUCAGCUUGCCUCAGCUUAGUAGUGUGUAAAAGGUAUCAGUCCCUUACGCUCACUCUCCCCCCUCCCCCAAGUCACGCCCAUAAGAACACGGUGAUGGAGGUGAAGUGGAACCUGAAUGGUAACUGGUUGCUGACAGCGUCCCGCGACCACCUGUGUAAGCUCUUUGACAUCCGCAACCUCAAGGAGGAGCUGCAGGUGUUCCGGGGCCACAAGAAAGAGGCCACAGGUGUGUGUGAGAGAACCUGUAUUUCUGCUUUGACUUGACUGAUGUGACUUGGCCUAUUCCAUUCAGCACUUAGUGUAGUAAAUGGCCUCUGAUGUAGCUAGAGGAAUAUUAUGAUGCCAAAUGUUUGGUUUAUUUACACUGGUGUGUGUGCGCCUGUGUGCUUGAUUAUAGUUAGUGUUGCUAUGGAUUGUUUCUGCUAUGUUCUGCUCUUUCAAGGAUGUGAAAGUUCUCUAUAAUUCUUGCUGGUGGGCAGGGGAAACUCCUUGAGUUGAGAGACCACUUUAUUUUUGUGGGGAUCCUGAGUUUCGGAUACAUAAUUUUUUUUCUUUACCUUUUAUUUUGUCAGGGAGUCAUACUGAGACCAAGGUCUCUUUUACACAUGAGUUACAGAAAUAUACACAUCAAAUACAAAACGCAAUAAGAAAAAAAGCACCAUCAUAAAAAAACACAUUCAUCAGUAAAAAGGUCCUCAAUCAGGUUUCUGAAUUGCCCUAGAGGCACCAAGACAUCCAAUUUAAGAGCAUUGAAGAUUGUUCCAUAAAUAUGGUGCAAAAAAACUAAAAGCUGAUAUACAUAACUCGGAGACAGAUGGAAUUUCAAGAGUUAACCAUCCCUGAGAAAUAAUGUGUAUGUUUGUGAAAUAUAUGUGUUAAACCUCUUGUCUACAGCUGUAGCAUGGCACCCUGUCCACGAGGGCCUGUUUGCCAGCGGAGGCUCGGACGGAUCCCUCCUCUUCUGGAACGUAGGGUAAGAGUGACAGCUCAACCCUCCAACUGACACACAGGAUGUAAUUUCCUCUACCAAUCAUUGGCCAAAGGCUUGAUUUCUUUGCAUCAGUCAUUUCAAUGAACAUAGUUCAAAUGUAUGAUAGCAAGCAUUAAUCAUGUGGAAGGGGGCAAUGCUCAUAAAUAUAGUCUGAAUACCUCUGAACAUGAAUAAUUCCUCCACAAAGCCUAUAUUAAUGACAUUAUGCAUGUUACAAAUGACUGGGGUCAUUACCAUUUAUGACCGUUUUCAUGUCACGUCAUGCUCUUAUCUUGUAUUUCUACUGUGCUUUCUGUCAGGGUGGAGAAGGAGGUGGGUGGUAUGGAGAUGGCCCAUGAGGGCAUGAUCUGGAGCCUGGCGUGGCACCCACUUGGGCACAUCCUCUGCUCUGGAUCCAACGACCACACCAGGUAAGCUUACAAAUACACAAGCCAUAGAGGAUCAAAAACAUAGACAUAACUCUCCACCCAUACCAGAACAGGGAAGACAGGGAAGCUAGGCUACAAGGAAUUGUUCAUAAGGUUAAUAGAUGGGGUUGUAACAAUUAACCGAUAUGGCUCGGAAUCCUGUUCAAAUGUUUAAGAUACGAGUGCAUCGGGACUCCAAACCAAUCCAAAUGUAGCAUGUAUCGGUCAGAAAAUUCAAAUGUUACGAACUGCCGGUUCACUAAAUGUUUACUCUGAUUUACUUUUUACCUUCUGAAAAUGUCUCAUCUUUUUGGGGAUUGAACUGGUACGUCUACUCCUGCAUGUAACUGCCAGGGUUUCCGUUGUUGAAGCACCUUUGGCAGCGAUUACAGCCUCAAGCCUUUUUGGGUAUGACGCUACAAGCUUGGCACACCUGUAUUUGGGGAGUUUAUCCCAUUCUUCUCUGCAGAUCCUCUCAAGCUCUGUCAGGUUGAAUGGAGAGCGUCGCUGCACACCUAUUUUCAGGUCUCUCCAGAGAUGUUCGAUCAGGUUCAAGUCCGGGCUCUGGCUGGGCCACUCAAGGACAUUCAGAGACUUGUCCCGAAGCCACUCCUGCAUUGUUUUGGCUGUGUGCUUAGGGUCGUUGUCCUGUUGGAAGGCGAACCUUCGCCCCAGUCUGAGAACCUGCUCCAGAGCGCUCAGGACUUCAUCAAGGAUCUCUCUGUACUUUGCUCCGUUCAUCUUUCCCUUGAUCCUGACUAGUCUCCCAGUCCCUGCUGCUGAAAAACAUCCCCACAGCAUGAUGGUGCCAGGUUUCCUCCAGACGUGACGCUUGGCAUUCAGGCCAAAGAGUUCAAUUUUGGUUUCAUCAGACCAAAUAAUCUUGUUUCUCAUGGUCUGAGAGUCCUUUAGGUGCUUUUUGGCAAACUCCAAGCGGGCUGUCAUGAGCCUUUUACUGAGGAGUGGCUUCCAUCUGAGUGGCUUCCGUCUGGCCACUCUACCAUAAAGGCCUGAUUGGUGGAAUGCUGCAGAGAUGUUUGUCCUUCUGGAAGGUUCUCCCAUCUCCACAGAAUAACUCUGGAGCUCUGUCAGAGUGACGAUCAGGUUCUUGGUCACCUCCCUGACCAAGGCCCUUCUCCCCCGAUUGUUCAAUUUGGCUGGGUCGCCAGCUCUAGGAAGAGUCUUGGUGGUUCCAAACUUCUUCCAUUUAAGAAUGAUGGAGGCCACUGUAUUCUUGGGGACCUUCAAUGCUGCAGACAUUUUUUGGUACCCUUCCCCAGAUCUGUGCCGACACAAUCCUGUCUCUGAGCUCUACUGACAAUUCCUUCGACCUCAUGGCUUGGUUUUUGCCCUGACAUGCACUGUCAACUGUGGGGCCUUAUAUAGACAGGUGUGUGCCUUUCCAAAUCAUGUCCAAUCAAUUGAAUUUACCACAGGUGGACUCCCAAGUUGUAGAAACAUUUCAAGGAUGAUCAAUGGAAACAGGGUGCACCUGAGCUCAAAUUCGAGUCUCAUAGCAAAGGGUCUGAAUACUUAUGUAAAUAAGGUAUUUCUGUUUUUUAUUUGUAAUAAAUUAGCAAACAUUUCUAAAAACCUGUUUUCGUUUUGUCAUUAUGGGGUAUUGUGUGUAGAUUGAGAAUUUGUAUUUUUUUUAUCCAUUUUAGAAUAAGGCUGUAACGUAACAAAAUGUGGAAAAAGUCAAGGGGUCUGAAUACUUUCACUGUAUGGAACUGCUUUCAUCAGGUGUGCUGUCUAGAAUGGAGUUUUCCCGCGAAUUGCAUUUUGGAAAAUGUUUGAAAAUAACUUUUUAAUGGCUGCUUCAUUACAGGAGUUGCAUGUUCUGUUAAUCUAAAUGCGAUUUCUGUCAUUCACCCAUUUAUUAUUCAUUUAGAAUGGAAAAUAAUUGUCUUUAUGCAACAAAUGUUAGUGCAUCGAACCGCAUCAUAUCGAACCAAAUCGCAUUGUUUCGUUCGUCUAAUCACACCGAAUCAUUUCGAACUUAAACGUAUCGUUCCUGUAUUGUAUCUAGAAGUGUAUCGAUUCAUCUUGAAAAGGGAGAAGGUACACACCCCUAUUGAUAGACAUUUCUCUCAUAUUUCUAUUGUAACAUUGUUUGAUAACGACUCAGUUGCUUGAAGUAGGUUUUGGGUUUGAUUUCCGCAUUGGCUGCAUACUGAAUAUAUGUGUCAUCUCAAAUGUCUGGUCAGAUGGGCUUUGAAGUGUUCCCUGCCUGAUUUCUCUCCCUAUCUCUCGCUUUCUUUCUCAGUAAAUUCUGGACCAGGAAUCGCCCAGGGGACAAGAUGAGGGACAGAUACAAUCUGAAUUUGUUACCAGGGAUGUCAGAGGAUGGAGUGGAAUACGGUGUGUGUGUGUGUGUGUGUGUGUGUGUGUGUGUGUAAAUAUGUACGCUGUGUGUUUUAGUUUUUCUGUGGUGUGUGUGCACGUGAGUUGGCACGUGCAACCAGACAAGUUUGUCCAGUCAAGGUUACAUGGUGUCACCAUUUGACUUGUGGUUCUGGGUUUGUUUUCCAGAUGAUAUGGAGCCAAACAGUUUAGCUGCCAUUCCUGGCAUGGGGAUACCUGACCAGUUCAAAGCUGCCAUGGAACAAGAGGCAAGCGGUGAGGACACCCAUUCACACUUUACCCUACGCAAAGUCUCAUCUAAGUCAAAGAAAUGGUUUGGGGGGGGGGGGGGGGUGUAAAGGUGUAGUUUUGUAGGUGAAUUAGCUCUAACAAAGGUAAAGCAAUGGACUGUGACUUUUACAGUCUUUAUAGUCCUAGCAAUGUAAUAUACAGUAGGUGAUGUUUGGUGGCUGCAAGGUUGGAGUGGUACUGGUGGACUAUGGGUAAUGUAGUUCGAUUUUUCUCAAGGUAAAGAGACUGCAUCCGAGGAGGAGAUGAGCAUCCCAGGUUUGGAUUGGGGGAUUGAGGAGAUUUUACAGAAAGACCUGAAGAAAGUGCCACAGAAGAAGGUCCCCUACGCCAAACCCAUCCCUGCCCAAUUCCAACAGGUACCUUCAAUUUUAUAAACAUUAAUGUUGACGUCAAGAAAAAGUAGCAAGACAUAAGUCUGUUGUGAGUAAAUGUAGUAUUUGCUCUGUGACAUCUCUUAGUAUCUCACUUCCUUUGUCUCCUUCCCCCUCUCCAUCCUUAAGGCCUGGGCAGAUAAUAAGGUUCUUCUCAUGCCCCCAGGAGGAGAGAAGAAGAAAAUGGACGAGAAGACCAACACCAACCCGAUGAUGCUAGAGGUGAGAGGUUCGAGGCAAAGUGCCCACUUUGAAACAAACAAAUACCUAAAUGCGUGACAAAAGUGUGAAAGUGACAAAAAUGGGUAACAUGAAAGAGUGAUUGCAAGAGAAAUACAUUUUAGGUCAAUGGUCAACAACCCUAGUCCUGGACAGCAGCUACAGGCUUUUGUUUCAGCAAGUUGAAUCGGGUGUCUUAUUGCUGGGAUGGAACAAAAGUCAGCACACCCAGUACCAGAGUUGUUGACCACUGUGACAGGUGUUGUACUGCUCAUAGUCACGCAAGAAGUGAGAAACAGUAGAGAUUGAAAAUGCAGUAUAGGUUGAUUUAGCGACAUAUCUUAUUUUCCCCAGCAAAUGAAGAUGGACCGUUUGAAUCCGAUGGACGGGAACAUGCCUCCCCCAGGAGGCCCACAAGGACCCAUGCCACCUUUCCCUGGCCAGGGAGGACCCAUGCCCCCACCCCCUCAGGGCUUCCCCCAGUCUAUGCCCCCUCAGCAGAUGCCCCACAUCAUUGGCAUGAUGGGUCCUCCGGACCACCACGGGCCCCAGGGCAUGCAGAGGCACCCCGGCCCCCACAGAAACAUGGGCCCCCAGGGGCCUCACGGCAUGCCUCCCGGACCCAGAGGGAUGCAGGGGCCGCCCGGAAACAUGCAGGGCCCCCCGUCGGUAGCAAUGAUGGGGCCCCCUCCUCGAGGCCAGGGGGGCAUGAUGGGCCCACAGGGACCCAUGCAGGGAGUAGUGGGGAUGGGGCCUCCCAUGCAGAACCCUCCAAGGACACAUUGCAACAUGCCAGGCAUGGGGGGCAUGCCUGUGAUGGGUAACAUGCAGGGGCCACCCCCGGGUGGGAUGCACAGACCACCGCAGGGUAACAUGCAAGGACCCCCUGGCAACAUGCAGGGCCCCCCUGGAAACAUGCAAGGACCGCCAGGCAAUAUGCAGGGACUACCAGGCAACAUGCAGGGGCCUCCGUCCUACAUGCAGCACCAGGUGAGAUUGUCAAACUAGCUGUCAAACCCCCCCAAAAUGUGUUGGAAAUAUGAAGGCAGGCUCUCUUAAUAAAAAUGUGACAAGGUUUUGUUGAAUCUUCAGAGGUAAAAAUUCACCUGGGCUGGAUAGUUCUGUGGCGGUCAUUGUAGCAACAUUGUGUCAUUGGUUAGCCAACUUGCUAGCUACAUUGAGGUAAAACUCAUUAGUCAGUAAGGCCUUUUGUGUGCCUUUUUUGGGGCCUUUGUUUGUGUGCACCAUGAAAUUAUCCAAGAUAGUUCAAUCCAAUGCUUGUUGAAACUAUUCGAUAAGGGUUUUGUGGGAACCUGACUUAAGAAUUAACUGAACAGUCACCAAUUCUACCCAGCCCUUGAAACUCCAAACUAUUGCUUGUUGUGAACGAUAUCUUCCAACAUAAUCCUCCUUGUCUUUCAAAUGGUGCUGACAUUAUACAGAUCUUUGACAUGCAGAAAGAAGCCUGCUAGAAGAGGCUAUUUGUAACUCUAGUAUGCUUCCCUCGCUCCGCUCGCUCUCAUGUGAGUAAAAUAAAGUUAUGGCUGGUAAAGCAGACUAAAUCCUAAAAACAACAUAUCUCACAGGUGGGCCAAAACUCUGGACCCAUGAUGCAUGGGAUGGGGCAGCAAGGACCCAAUGGCAAAGGUAGGAGAACCCAAAUUCUCAGACCAGAGAAGAUUUACUUUUCAAACACAUAUACUGUAUUACAAAAUACAGUUGAUACCUACCGUCAUAAACAUUUAGGGCUGGUUUCCCAGACACAGAUUAAGCCUAGUCCUGGACUAAAAGGGAUUCUCAAUGGAGAUUCUCCAAUGAAAGAGUUUUGUUUUAUCUGACUUUCAUUUCAGUGCCCUCUAUGUUUUGACUAAUUUUAUUUCAGGAUGUUAACGGCACUGUUGUCUAUUGUUUGUCUGCAUGUCGCCGAUUCUCCCAAGGAGAUACCCGAGGGCCUCCCAACCACCACAUGGGUCCUCCACCUGGAGGCCAGGGCGGCUCUGGGGGCCCCGACCAGGGCUCCGGUUCUUACUGGGGAGACUCCGAGCAGGGGCGCCGCGGACCCUCAGACUUUAAUGAGGGGGGCCAGGACUUCCACGGACGGAGAGAGGAGAGCUGCAGGCGAGGGUUCGGCCAGGACUACCAGGGAGGCCACAGAGGGGGAGGGCAAGGAGGAGAAGGGGGAAACUGGGGCUCUUCUGAGGAAAGAUUUCCCCACGAUGUGGGAGAGUUCCGAGGCCGCAGGGAUGACAGGUUAGAAAUACCUUGCUUUUCGUUUGUGACCUCUAAUCUUGUGUCUCUACUUACGCCCUUGCCAUCAGCCACUUCUACCGGCUCUCUAACCUGCAUCUUUAUACUUACUUGAAAUCUCACCUAAGCGCUCAUACAGUGUUUACAUAUACCUCUACACCUUAGUUAAAUUCAUCUAUGAUUUUCAAGAAGCAAACUUCAUAUUAUUUUCGCUUUGGUCUUCCAACAACAUGCGGAAGGAAACAGGGCAAUAGCCGCUCUGAGACAUUAAUAGGCUAUAUCAGUAGCCUAUAUCCCCGGAAUAGCGCCCGUCUCCCCUAAUCUGCAUCGGAUGCGCUAGUAAGGUACUGCGUGCAUUUAACCAAAUCUUGCAGUUUGGUCCGGACUGCGUUCUCACCUGCAGCGAACUGCACCACGGUACGAAUGGAAUCGAACCAAGAACAACUUUUUUGAGCGAACCACGGUGCAUUGUUUAGUGCACUCCCGAGUGCAGAUAGUGUUCACACCAGUCCAGAUGAACCGAACAAAGUGGGAAAACGCGCCAGAGUUCGGGAAAAACCGCUCCAAACCAAUUUAGUGUGAAAGUCUCACCUCACCUACUUUUUACAUAAUUCUCAUCUUGACCGCAUCCUUUGACUUUCAAACCUACCUUUGCUCUGAUCCCUUACUUACUAUAUUAAAGUCUCUAUGGGUUGCUUCCGCCUCAAAACUCUGGGCCUAUGUGUCAGGUAUGAUGGUUAUGAGGGUCUAGGAGAGGCGUUUGACCAGAGGCAGAGAGACAGGCGGCCUCCACCGAGGCAUGGCCAGGACUCAUGACACGUGGGUCUAACUUUCCUACUAACUUGCCAACAAAAUUUCCUACUAACUCACUUCCCUACCAUCUCGCCAACAAAUGUUUCUACCAACUUGCCACCUAGCUUUUCUACCAACUCGCCACCUAGCUUUUCUACCAACUCGCCACCUAGCUUUUCUACCAACUCGCCACCUAGCUUUUCUACCAACUCGCCACCUAGCUUUUCUACCAACUCGCCACCUAGCUUUCCUACCAACUCGCCGACCAACUUUUCUACCAACUCGCCAACAAGCUUUUCUACCAACUCUCACACAUUAACUGUCCACCUAACUCGCAACCUAUCUUUCCUACAAAAUCGUCUACUAACCCGCCGACCAACUUUCCUAUUAACUUUGUACAGUCUAAACCACUGUGAAAUAUAUUUUCCAUUACCAAUCAUAUUGUAUUUUAAGCUGUUUGAAGCUUUUGUACAAAACCGAAAGUAAAAGAUGCAAAAACGAAACUCAAGAACGGGAAGCAUAGAAAUAGCGCACUUAGAACAGAUCUACCAGUUCUUAGACUUGCUUUGAAUGAGAAUGACAGAUCUAUAAUAUAUGAUAGAAUUUCUAUGUGAAUUUGGUUGGAUCGCCCAAAAAGUUACAUAUUGCAGCUUUAAGAGAAGAGAUAGAAUGACAUCAGUUAAAUUGGUGAAAGAAUUUCAACAAGUGUUUGGAACUCUUUGUGAAUUGCAGUAUGUCAUUAUUAAUUGUUUUAUCCUUGUUUAACAACUGACCCACAGAUCUUCUUAAAGAAUCUUGUAAGGCUUCAAGCUUCCUUUUAAAGAGGCAUUUUCUCAGAUAUCUGCAAUACAGGUAUGAUUGAAGAAUGAAGCAGGUGUUAAUCAUGGGCUUUACAACAUAGUAAGCAGCAGUUGACUACUCCGUUGUCAACACUUUGAUUAAAUCAGUAGACCUAUAUCAAGAUCUUUGAAAAUACCAUGUAAGUAUGAUUAGCAUUUAAAACAAUUCAAUCGGUUUUUUAAAUCAUAUUUUGGACCAGAGUGACGCGAUCGCUCCACUAAGCCUACGUAUUGUUCCUGCAGUGAGGAGGGUUCACCAUCUUCAUAGAAUGUUUUCAUAAUUUAUCUGCAGAUAAUCGCCCAAAAACCUACCAGUUGCAAAUUAGGGAGCCUAAUGAACGGCUCUCUUACCGAUGCGAUUCGGUAGGCUACGAACGUCACUCACUUUAAGGUCACUGUCUGGCAAGUCCUGAUGGACUUCAUAACAAAUAUACAAACGAGAUCUUUAGUUUACUUGUCCCGAUGCGAUACCAUGGACAUAUAACUAAGUUGUAUGAUUUAUGAACGGCAAGGAUAUGAGAGCCUUUAUUCAAUCAGUUCGACACCAUUUAUAAACUAGUCAAGCUCGCUGUUCGUCAAUCAAAUCACAGGAAGCCUAUGUGCCAGCACUUCGUGGCUGCAUAUGAAACACGUGAAAGAAAAUAAAUAAAUGUGCUAGAAAACAAUAGGCUAAGUGGAUGUCGACUCAUCGUAAACACAUAUGGGACGUACAAAUUGACUCACAUAGACGAUGAAGGAGCAUCAUGCGCUCUCCCUCCGUGUAAAGAAAUUUGACUGAAACCACACCGUACACAACACACACCCAGGCAGUGGUGGAAAAGUACCCAAUUGUCAUACUUGAGUAAAAGUAAAGAUGCCUUAAUAGAAAAUGACUGAAGUGAAAGUCACCCAGUAAAAUACUACUUGAGUAAAAGUCAAGUAUUUGGUUUAAAAUAUACUUAAGUAUCAAAAGUAAAAGUAUAAAUCAUUUCAAUUUCGUUAUAUUAAGCAAACCAGACAACACAAUUUCCAUUUUUAUUUUAUUUACGGUUAGCUAGGGGCACACUACUACACUCAGACAUAAUUUACAAACAAUGCAUGUGUUUAGUGAGUCCCCCCAGAUAAGAGGCAGUAGAGAUGACCAGGGAUGUUCUCUUGAUAAGUGUGUGAAUUGGACAAUUUUCCUGUCCUGCCAAGCAUUCAAAAUGUAACGAGUACUUUUGGGUGUCAGGGAAAAUGUAUGGAGUAAAAAGUACAUUAUUUUCUUUAGGAAUGUAGUGAAGUAAAAGUUGUCAAAAAUAUAAAUAGUAAAGUAGAGAGACCCCCCAAAACUACUUAAGUAGUACUUUAUUUUUACUGAAGUACUUUACACCACUGCACCCAGGUAAUUGGCAGCGGGACAGACAGACUGUCAAACCAGCAGGGUUUCUCUGUCAUCGCUCAGUUUGUGACUGACAGGCGCCUGUCCUUUCAAUAGAUCGCUAGAAGAUGCAUAUCAUUCAUGCUAGCGGGAGAAGGCUCGGCUGACUUUUUUUUCUGACUUGCGAAUUGAAAAGCAGCCUAGUUAAUUCAUAUAGUUCAUUCUAGUUCAUUUAAGUGGAAAAAGUAUGACAGCCGGCGCUAGUGGAAAACACUGUUAUAACGCACCUGGGAUUGAAUCUCGGCCCAAGUCAUCUUCUUAGUGGAUGUUUCCUCUCAUAACAGAAGCUGAUGUGUUUUGUAUCUUAGAAAGCAGUCAUGUAUUUUGACUAGCAGUUGCCAUAUCAAGCCUUGCACUACUGAGAGUAAGCAAAAUCAUAUGUGAUUUGUUUUCUAGCCUUUACUUAGUGUCCUGAGGUGUGAACCUCUCUUUUCCUGAUAUAUAGGGUAAAGCAUGGACAGUAGGGCAUAGAUGUUUCAAAGGGCCUGCUGUAUCUCCACUCAAAUGGGGUCCCUUUUCUGUGCAGGUACAGAGGGGGUGGACAGGGUCGCCCUGGGGGGAGGGGGUUCCCUGAUGAGUUUGGCGUGCAGGAGGAGAACUUUGACGCCUCAAAUGAGAUGGGUGGAGGUUGGGACAACGGAGAGAGGGGGAGACCCCCCCGAGGAGGGGGCCCACCCAGAGGAGGAGGUAAGACCAGCUGAGUUUGUGUUGUCUUUGUCACUUUCCUUUUAUGAUCUAUCUUGUUUGUAUUUUUAUGUCUGUCCAUCAAUCUAUGGGUCUUUCGUCUGUCUGUCUUUAUGUCUGUCCAUCAAUCUAUGGGUCCUAUCUUUCACUCAUCCGUCGGUUGUUACCUCAGGAGGUGGUGGAGGUAGACGCCAGUGCUUGCUCCCCAACCCCGAUGAGUUCCCCCCACACUAUGAGGAAGGCAGACGUCAAGAGGCCUGGGAGGGAGGGCGAAAUCAAGGUAAAGGGGAUGUCUAUCGAACAAGGGUAGUCUGUGACGGGACAUUUUGGUUAGCGUGGCAGGCCAACAGCUCCCAAUGGACAAUGCUAAUGCUAGGAAAGAAUAGGAUAGUAGGCUAACCCUUACAAAAAUCAUGGCUAGCAGCGGGUCAGAGCAUCCCAAAUCCAGGCUCUGUCGUAGCUGGCCGCGACCGGGAGACCCAUGGGGCGGCGCACAAUUGGCCCAGCGUCGUCCAGGGUAGGGGAGGGAAUGGCCGGCAGGGAUGUAGCUCAGUUGAUAGAGCAUGGCGUUUGCAACGCCAGGGUUGUGGGUUCGAUUCCCACGGGGGUCCAGUAUGAAGAAAAAAUUAAAAUAAUAAUAAUAAUAAUAAUGUAUGCACUCACUAACUGUAAGUCGCUCUGGAUAAGAGCGUCUGCUAAAUGACGUAAAUGUAAUGUAAUGGGUCAGUCUCCCUCCAUGUAAUGUACACAUUUCAAGAUGGUGAAAGGACUAAGCUACGUAUACUGCAGCCCCAGAUGAUUUUUAGUGUGACAAUACUGAGAAUAAAUGUAGGGUUUCAUUUUGACAGCUGAGAAACAGGUUAUAAAAUAAAUACUGCCAAAUAUUGUGAGUAAUAGGGUCCGUUUUAGCCACAUCUCCCCAUAGAGCCCAGUGUUUAGGUUAUUGUGUGUGUUUGGUCCCAGGUCACGAGGCUUACCGAGAGAAUCAGCGCUCGGAGCAUGGCCAACCGCACAAUAGCCCGUCCCCUGCCAACCGCGAGCACUCCUCCUCCCUGCAGGGCUUGGACAUGGCCUCACUGCCCCCACGUAAACGCCCGUGGCACGACGGCUCGGGCACCGGAGACCGAGACUCCCCGGGAGCAGGGGCAGAGGACAGGACAGCAGGUAUGCAGGGGAGAGGGGAUGGGGAUGGGGAUGGGGAUGGGGAUGGGGAUGGGGAUGGGGGGGGGGGUUGCUUGCGUAUGUGUGUGACAGAGCUGGAGGAGUGUGUAUGUGUUUGGCAAUCACUGAUGCGAAGGCUGUGAGUCAUGUGUCCAUUACUUUGAACUACUAGCAGGGGUGAAAGUAAGGCAGUGCGAUACGGUCCAGUCCGGCGUCCCGGCAAAAUAAAUAGUGAGGGUAUGCCGUACCAGGAAAUAAUGAGCCUAUCACAAUAAUUAAAACUAAAUGUCAACACCACUUUUUAUCAUUACUGCAUGACAGAGGCAUCAAAAAUAAGCGAAUUGACUUGAAAACGGGUGGUAUAGCCUACGCUCCAAAAUGCGAUGUGGUUCGACGAGAACCCUGACAUUUUGCCAAGGCAGAGAUGAGUGGCCGACACCGAGACGCGUGCAGACAGCAGUGAAUGCAUAAAUUCUGACCUAAUGACAAUCGCCAAAUGUCCUUACACUUUUUGGUGUUUUGUGUAACGGAUGUCUCUUUCCAUUCACUACUGUUUGGAGGCUGGAAAUAUGUUUGCGAAUGGAUGAACAUGCCUGGGUAGCCUAGUAAAGGAGCCCUUUGAAGUGAUUGUAAAGGUUGGUAGAGCAUGUCGCUUGCAACGCCAGGGUUGUGGGUUCGAUUCCCACGGGGGGCCAGUAUGAAAAAUGUAUGCACUCACUAACUGUAUGUCGUUCUGGAUAAGAGCGUCUGCUAAAUGACUAAAAUGUCAAAUGUAAAUUGUUUGACAAUCAGAUAAACAUAACGACUGGUUGUUUUAAACGCAACAUGCAACAAUUUCAAAGAUUUACUGAGUUACUGUUCAUAUAAGGAAAUCAGUCAAUUGAAAUAAAUUCUUUAGGCCCUAAUCUAUGGAUUUCACAUGACUGGGAAUGGAUCAGAAAAACAGUUAGUAUCUGGUAUGACCACCAUUUGCCUCAUGCAGCGCGACACAGCUCCUUCGCAUAGAGUUGAUCAGGCUGUUGAUUGUGGCCUGUGGAAUGUUGUCCCACUCCUCUUCAAUGGCUGUGCGAAGUUGAUGGAUAUUGCCGGGAACUGGAACACGCUGUCGUACACGUCGAUCCAGAGCAUCCCAAACAUGCUCAAUGGGUGGUGACAUUUCUGGUGAGUAUGCAGACCAUGGAAGAACUGGGACAUUUUCAGCUUCUAGGAAUUGUGUACAGAUUCUUGCGACAUGAGGUGAUGUCAUGGAUUAAUGGCACGACAAAUGGGCCUCAGGAUCUCAUCACGGUAUCUCUGUGCAUUCAAAUUGCCAUCGAUAAAAUGCAAUUGUGUUCGUUGUCCGUAGGUUAUGCCUGCCCAUAUCAUAACUCCACCGCCACAAUGGGGCAAUCUGUUCACAACAUUGACAUCAGCAAACCGCUCGCCUACAUGACGCCAUACAUGCUGUCUGCCAUCUGCCCAGUACAGUUGAAACCGGGAUUCAUCCGUGAAGAGCACACUUCUCCAGCGUGCCAGGGGCCAUCGAAGGUGAGCAUUUGCCCACUGAAGCCGGUUACAACGCUGAACUGCAGUCAGGUCAAAACCCUGGUGAGGACGACGAGCACGCAGAUGAGCAUCCCUGAGAUGGUUUCUGACAGUUUGUGCAGAAAUCCUUCGGUUGUGCAAACCCACAGUUUCAUCAGCUGUCCGUGUGGCUAGUCUCAGAUGAUCCCACAGGUGAAGGUCCCUGGAUGUGGAGGUCCUGGGCUGGCGUUGUUACACGUGGUCUGUAGUUGUGAGGCCAGUUGGACGUACUGCCAAAUUCUCUAAAACAACGUUGGAGGUGGCUUAUGGUAGAAAAAUGUACAUUCAAUUCACCUGGCAACAGCUCUGGUGGAUAUUCCUGCAGUCAGCAUGCCAAUGGCACGCACCCUCAAAACUUGAGACAUCUGUGGCAUUGUGUUGUGUGACAAAACUGCACAUUUUAGAGUCGACUUUUAUUGUCCCGAGCACAAGGUGCACCUGUGUAAUGAUGCUGUUUAAUCAGCUUCUUGAUAUGUCAUACCUGUCAGGUGGGUGGAUUAUCUUGGCAAAGGAGAAAUGCUCACUUACAGGGACGUAAACAAAUUUGUGCACAAAACUUGAGAGAAAAGCUUUUUGUGCGUUUGAAAAAGUUUUGGGAUUUUUUAUUUCAGCUCAUGAAACAUGGGACCAACACUUUACAUGUUGCGUUUAUAUAUUUGUCCAGUGUAUGUAUAUGUGUAUAUAUAUACAGUGGGGGGAAAAAGUAUUUAGUCAGCCACCAAUUGUGCAAGUUCUCCCACUUAAAAAGAUGAGAGAGGCCUGUAAUUUUCAUCAUAGGUACACGUCAACUAUGACAGACAAAUUGAGGGAAAAAAAUCCAGAAAAUCACAUUGUAGGAUUUUUUAUGAAUUUAUUUGCAAAUUAUGGUGGAAAAUAAGUAUUUGGUCACCUACAAACAAGCAAGAUUUCUGGCUCUCACAGACCUGUAACUUCUUAUUUAAGAGGCUCCUCUGCCCUCCACUCGUUACCUGUAUUAAUGGCACCUGUUUGAACUUGUUAUCAGUAUAAAAGACACCUGUCCACAACCUCAAACAGUCACACUCCAAACUCCACUAUGGCCAAGACCAAAGAGCUGUCAAAAGACACCAGAAACAAAAUUGUAGACCUGCACCAGGCUGGGAAGACUGAAUCUGCAAUAGGUAAGCAGCUUGGUUUGAAGAAAUAAACUGUGGGAGCAAUUAUUAGGAAAUGGAAGACAUACAAGACCACUGAUAAUCUCCCUCGAUCUGGGGCUCCACGCAAGAUCUCACCCCGUGGGGUCAAAAUGAUCACAAGAACGGUGAGCAAAAAUCCCAGAACCACACGGGGGGACCUAGUGAAUGACCUGCAGAGAGCUGGGACCAAAGUAACAAAGCCUACCAUCAGUAACACACUACGCCGCCAGGGACUAAAAUCCUGCAGUGCAAGACGUGUCCCCCUGCUUAAGCCAGUACAUGUCCAGGCCCGUCUGAAGUUUGCUAGAGUGCAUUUGGAUGAUCCAGAAGAGGAUUGGGAGAAUGUCAUAUGGUCAGAUGAAACCAAAAUAGAACUUUUUGGUAAAAACUCAACUUUUCGUGUUUGGAGGACAAAGAAUGCUGAGUUGCAUCCAAAGAACACCAUACCUACUGUGAAGCACGGGGGUGGAAACAUCAUGCUUUGGGGCUGUUUUUCUGCAAAGGGACCAGGACGACUGAUCCGUGUAAAGGAAAGAAUGAAUGGGGCCAUGUAUCGUGAGAUUUUGAGUGAAAACCUCCUUCCAUCAGCAAGGGCAUUGAAGAUGAAACGUGGCUGGGUCUUUCAGCAUGACAAUGAUCCCAAACACACCGCCCGGGCAACGAAGGAGUGGCUUCGUAAGAAGCAUUUCAAGGUCCUGGAGUGGCCUAGCCAGUCUCCAGAUCUCAACCCCAUAGAAAAUCUUUGGAGGGAGUUGAAAGUCCGUGUUGCCCAGCGACAGCCCCAAAACAUUUGUUAUUGAACAAAUACUUAUUUUCCACCAUCAUUUGCAAAUAAAUUCAUUAAAUCCCGAAAAUCACAUUGUAGGAUUUUUUUCUUUCUCAUUUUGUCUGUCAUAGUUGACGUGUACCUAUGAUGAAAAUUAUAGGCCUCUCAUCUUUAAGUAGGAGAACUUGCACAAUUGGUGGCUGACUAAAUUCUUUUUUUCCCCACUGUGUGUGUGUAUAUAUAUAUAUAUAUAUAUAUAUAUAUAUAUAUAUAUAUAUAUAAAAAUAACUCUAUGAUUAGGCCCAUGCAUACGCUUAUAGGAGGUCCCAUACCGGGAAAAAAUUAAUUAUACUAGCCUGGCACACCAGGUCUUCUCUAUUUGUCUUAUAUUGUCAGACUUCUAUAAUCUGUCUUUGCAUUUCAUUCUUCAUUGGUAUUAGGGUUAAAGUGAUUUUAUGUCCUGAUUGGAAAUUUAGCCCAACCCCAGUCUCUUGUCCUUCUGCUCUCUCCAGGCCGACCCCCCCAGAGAGAGGAAGGCGGCGGCAGAGGGAUCUGGAGGGGAGCGCCACGUGGGGCCCCCAGAGGGGGAGGGCGUGGACAGUAGGAAGAACUCACUACCAACCUACCUACCUACCCUCCCCCCCUCCCCCUCCCCCUCCCCAUACCAUACCUCCAUGGCCCGACUGGGCAACAAGGACGAACUGCAAAGAGGACAGGGACCAAAAAAAGAGACACAGACCCACAGCCGGCACCUCCCGUCCCACAGAUCAGUGGAUCAGUUCUGGGCUCAGACCACCUCUUCAGGCCUGUUUGGAAGGCUGGAGCAUGGAUUAUUUACUGUGUGUAUCGGGGCCUCUAUGGAGAGGAUAAGGUCCUUCAUUACUGCAUGUGUCGGAAGCCUCAGGUCUCUCACUACAGGAUGGACAAGUGGCCUUCUUUACAUUUUGGAUCCUUUCAAUGAUAGGCUCUGCCCGUGGCUGUUUGCCACACUCAUUCUGAUUGGUCGCCGCAGGUGUUGUCUGGUGGCCUGAUUGGUCACAGGGAGGGUAUGACAAGCUGGAGCAGUCCCUAAUUGGUUGAGGUUUUUGUUCCAAGUUCAGACGCGGGUCACAUAGCAGAAUGGUUUUUGUCAGUGUGGUUUGAACAAAACAGGCAACAAACCUGGGGGUUUAUUCAGGAGGGUGCAACGUUUAGAACAUUGCAGACAGGCAUUUAUGGGAUUCCUUAUUCUGCAUUAGGGAGAAUUCUGUUCUCCUCAAAAUAUUUGUCUGAACGUUUUAUAACGUGGCACCGUCCUGAAUAAACCCCUGGAAACAGUUCAUGUGAUAAUGUGAAUGGUCCAUUGUUUCUCUCUUCUACAUGCACUGUCCCAAUCAGACAUAAUAGAGAGGAGAGUCCAGGAUCAACAUUGAGCUUUGCAGAUAGAAAUACAAUGCGCAGACCAGACAAUUCUUUUUUUGUCAAUUUUUUGUAUGAGACUAUAAUAGAAAUUUCUGCAAAAUUUCACCCUCGUAUCUGGUCUUUUUCUUUGGGCUCCUGUGCAAUGACUGACUGGGGGGAAAAACUGCAUACUUGUACACACUUAGCCUGGUCCCAGACCUGUUUGUGCUGUCUUGCCAACUCCUUUGGUCAUGUUUGGAGUGACAAUGACCAUAGGAGGCAAGACAUUACAAACACAUCUGGGACCAGGCUAGUAGUAUGCAAUGGCAUUCGGUAGGCCAAUGUUAAGCGGUUAAUUUAGUGCCCAUGUCAUCACAUUAACCAUUAUUUCAUAGACACCGUUAACAAGACACCGUUGCAGGCUACUAUGACUCGUAAGCAUAUUCCCAAUAUCAAGGUGGCAGGUAGCCUAGCGCUUAAGAGUGUUGGGCCAGUAACCGAAAGGUCACUGGUUUGAAUCCCCGAGCCCGACUAGGUGAAAAAUCAGUUGAUGUGCCCUUGAGCAAGGCACUUAACCCUAAUUGCUCCUGUAAUUCACUCUGCUCAAUGACUAAAAUGUUAGGAAGGGCUAGGGCUAGGCCUAUGCCUAUAUUACACCAGAACCGAAGACCAUACAUAGCCUAAUCUCCGACGUGGGAAAAGGCUAUAUCAUGGACUGUUCUGAUAAGGAAAUCACCGAGCAGUAGGAUUGGGCGGAAUCCAGAUUUUCAUACCUUAAUACCAUUCCUGUACCAUACCGGGGUAUACGGUAUUACCAGCAGUGCACACAUGGGGCGCAAUUUCUUUACAAAUGUUUUUGGUUUUUAUGCUAAAAAAGUACUAGAUAAUUCCCAUAGCAGACGCUAGGUAAAUGCUAACAAGCGCAAACGAACAAACUAAAUGUAAGGACAAACAAUUCAGCUCAUAAAGUUAUAAAUGUACAACUCUCUCAAAAGGCUACUCACACUUGAUCUAGAAGGGGAUUGAUUGUCUCUGCUGUAACCAAGAAGCUUGAUCUAGCAAGUUAGCAAACAAAAUGCAUAGCUGGAGAAAUGUAUUUGGCACAUCUUAGAUAGUUAUAGUUAAGAUAUUUACCUGGCACAGUGGGUAGUGAAUUUCAAGUGUAACUUGAUCACCUCUCUUGUGCUGCUCAACAGUGGAUCGUCACGAAACUUCCGUAUGUUCUUUGUAAACAAACAUACUAUGUGACUGGUGCAAUAUAUUGAAAACCAUACUGUCGGUAUUUCAAAAUACCCAAGCCUACCAAGCAGUGCCCAGAAAUAAUGAAAUCCAAUUGUUAGACACUACCACCCACCUCAAAAUCAAAACCAAACAUGGAUGUUAAUAUUUGCGCACACACGCUCUGUUCUACUCCGAGAUAGAGGACUCAUCUUUAUAUCUGUGCCAAAGUAGCGUCUUGUGACAGCAGAGGCAGUGCCAUUGAGGCUACAACCCAUAGGAAUCCCCACCCAGUUGACUACUUUAAAAUCACGGAAGCAUGGUGGAAGCCCUCCAAUGGCAAUGUCCAUGCUAAAAUGGGUUAUCAUUAUAUUGAUAAGAUAGUCAAGUGACUGCUCUAACAAUGGAAAUACGUCCUCAAAAGAUGGCAGGCAGGCGGGAGGAGGCAAGAUCAGGCGGGACCAUUCUAGCCAAUGACGGGGUAGAUACGCGUGUGAACAAUAGGCCAUAGAGAUAAAUAAGAGGACUCAUCGUUGUAUCUGUGCCAUUAUAGCGUCUGUGACAGCAUGGGCAGUGCCAUUGAAGCCAUCUCCAUUUUAAAGUAGUAAAUGUUCUUAUUCAUAGGCUGAUUGCUCCCAACUCAUAGGAAUCCCCACCCAGUUUCCUUUAAAAUGGUGGAAGCCCUCAGAUUGCGGUUACAUGCACACAAUGCGAUUAUUGUGGAUAGUCAGAUUAAUAUAAUAGUUUGGUUAACGAUUUCCCUAAUAAUCCUGUUUACUUGGACACAUCUGAAAUCAGGCUACCUGAUGGCACUGAAAUGCUGAAAAUCGGCAAUCAAAAUAAACGUUCUACCACAGCGAGCAUGUUAUUUAUGGCAAGCAUAUUUUAUUCGGAGUUCAGACAAAGUUUGUAUGUGAAAACUACUUCUAAGACGCAUACAUUGUUAUUACGAACACACUUCACUCGCGCUAAAUAAGGAGGCUUUCUGGGCUGGUGCUAGCACAUGCGCAAAUCAAAUACACCUCUGGAACACCGAUUAUGGUGUUUACAUGUCCUAAUAAUUCGAAGGAUUGCUCAGAAAACCAGGUUUCAAUCGGCAUACGCUUACUUCGAUUUUAACGUUACGCCGAUAAAGAUAGAGUAAGGUGUUUACAUGACUAUUGUAAAAUCUGCCUACUGCCAUAAUCAGUUUAAAGUUAAUUAUUAGUGUGCAUGUAAAAGUACUCUUUGGCAUGCUAAAACAGGUUUUAUAAACUGGGUGGUUCGAGCCCUGAAUGUUGGUUGGCUGAAAGCCGUGGUGUAUCAGGGUAUAAUAAUAAGAAUAUGCCAUUUAGCAGAUGACAAAACAUUUCUUGUUACUGCUCUAAUUACGUUGGCAACCAGUUUAUAAUAGCAAUAAGGCACCUAGGGGGUUUGUGGUAUAUGGCCAAUAUACCACAACUAAGGGCUGUAUCCAGGCACUCUGCGUUGCGCAUAAGAACAGCCCUUAGCCGUGGUAUAUUGAACAUAUACCACAAACCCCCUAAGUGCCUUAUUGCUAUUAUAAACUGGUUACCAACGUAAUUAGAGCAGUAACAAGAAAUGUUUUGUCAUACCCUGAUAUACCACGGCUUUCAGCCAACCAGCAUUCAGGGCUCGAACCACCCAGUUUAUAAAACGCCCUUGUGCCUUAUUGCUUAAAUAUCCAUGAGUCCUCCAUUUCUGACAACAGGCACAACUUCUUAUUUUACUAAGUUUACGAAAUUUCAUGUGCGUCCACUUCUCAGUGCAUUUGUAACAACCUAGCCAUUACGAAACUUAUAUUCGAUCUAAUAAGCCACAUAGCAAAUUAGCAAUUACAUUUUUUGUUGACCAAAUUCGACACUCAUUGACCUCAAUACAAAAAUUCCUCACUUCGUAGGCUUAUUUUUGUGGACAGAUUUUGGGCUGAGUAAACCCGCUUGCUUCACCUCAUCUCUGGUUAUAUCCAUGAUAAGUAUGUCUCUAUGGUUCUACUUCCCGUCUGCUGCAGCAUGUUGGCCAAUUGCGAGGCCGAUUAUCUAGACAAACCGGUGUGAAAGACUGGUGUGUGAGCUAAACAAGAUGCAACAUGGAAUCCAUGUUUGGUUUUGAUUUGGAGGGGGGGUGGUAGCAUCUAACAAGUGGAUGUAAUUCUUUCCCGGGCACAGCUUGGCGAUGCAAACAACGUUUUCCUUAUCAGAACUGUCCAACGACCACAGAUAUGCCAAACAGGCACAGGUACGAGUCAGCAAAUAUCUCGCAAGGUGGCUGGCUAAAUGUUACACAAUUAGGCCAUAGCUGUAUACAGCUUACCCGAACCUGGGCUUGAACCAGGGACCUUCUGCACACAUCGACAACAGUCACCCUCGAAGAAUCGUUACCUAUCGCUCCAUAAAACCCACAGCUCUUGGAGAGCAAGGGAGACUACUGGUCUGAGCGAGUGACGUCACCGAUUGAAAUGCCACUAGUACGCUCUGCUAACUAGCCUGCCAUUUCACACCGGUUACACCUGAUGCUAUUAAAUUGUGCCUGCAGUGCACCUCAAGUAUUUCAUCCACACUAGGCCAAUGUUCUAUGCGUUGGUUCGAGGACAGAAAAAAAAACAUCCAAUGAUAACAUUACUGCAGUACAUUUUAUUUGUCAAACAUUACUGGGGGGGAAAAUAGUUUUCAGUUGGUCUGUUUUUUCACUUUACCCCUACCUAUAUGUACAUAGCUACCUAAAUUACCUUGUACCCGUGCACAUCAACUCGGUACUGGUACGCCCUGUAUAUAGCCAUGUUAUUUGAACUCUUAUUGUAAUUCGUUCAUUAAGUAUUUAUUCCUUGUGUCACUACUUAUAUUGUAUCUUUAACUCCACAAUGUUGGAAAAGGACCCAUAAUUAAGCAUUUCACUGUAAAUCUAAACCUGUUUACGAAGCAUGUGACACAUAAAAUGUGAUUUGUUCAUGUGAGUAUUCUCAGAGACAUUAAUAUUGGGCUUGGUCCAUCAGAAGUAAAUUAAGAGAAGAAAAACAGGAAUUACACCAUUGUCGUCUAGUGCCAGUCAUUAUAACUUUUAGUUUUUCAACUUGUCCAUUCCUGAAUGUUUUGGUAGUAUACAGGUGUGCACUUUUAACUAAUCAGUCAGCCCUAUUCACAACAGAGGGCAAAAUACCAUUAGGAUUCAUUGAAGUGGUGGUCAAAUUGGCAUCGUUUUACCCGUGACAGUCCUUUUGAUAGCAGACGCUGCCAUCCCUCCCAUGAAGCGAAUACCUGCGCUACCGCCUGGCAGCCAAGAGACGAUGUACCCAACGAUGAUGGCAACCUGGAACAAUGGCUCCGAGGGCGGUGAGUAGGGUGCUGUGAAGGCUGAGCGCUGCAUAAAGUGUACCUCCAAGAGAGCACAGAUACACCGCCGCGCUUGGAGUGGGCCUCGCUAUGAGCUUGCUGGGUCCCCGCAGUAUCGCUGCUCCCAGAAUCGCGAAAAGAGAGCCGAGAGACCAGAGAAGGGCGAAUUUGCGUGCAUACAACAGCAACAAAGGUGCGUACAUGGCGGACAGUCCAAAGCAUAACGCCGAGAACGCAAUACACACUCCGACAGCGACGAGUCGUUGCGAGCGACUCAUCCCCGGUAAACAUGGAUCUGGCUCCGUAGACCACGGCCAGGAAAAGCCGCUGCCCGACGCUUUGCUCGUCGAACCUCCGCUGCGGCUGCUGGAACCAGAGAACGGGCUCGACCAGCUACCGAACCAGCUCCCAGCUAUUGAGGGGGAUUCAUCGAUGUCUAUAGUCGUACUUGAGCUGGACUGA